AUGUGCUACUUUGAACAAACUCGCCGGGCAUUCGGCUACUGGCGUUGGGGUCACUUCCGCCAGCAGUGCAACAAAGAAUACCGCAUGGGCGAAACCUGCGGCCUGAAGCUUGUCUACGAAACCAGGACCGAAAGAGACGUUUGCAAGCUCUGCCACGACACAGAGAAGAAGCAGCGCAGGUAUGACAAGAUGUAUCGAGACGUUCAGCGCUGGCAGAGGGAGGGCAACCGAAAUGCCACCAUUGAGCGAACGUGUGCUGAGAUGCAAGAAGCACUUGGCCAAAUCUAUCUGAAUGCGCGAAAUCUCAGCGAGUUCGACAUCCCUGAAAGAGUAGCUAAUAUCAAACUGUGGGGCUCUAAUGGGGUGUCGAGACAUGAUAAAAUGCAGGCACGCAUCGAAGAUACAGUACUACGGGGUCUGAAGAUGAGUCCAGUCAACGUCCUGUAG